AUGAAAGAUCCAAUGACAGUGAGCAAAGCAAAAAUACUUUUGGAAAGAGCAUUAAAUGUCGAUGAAUACUAUCUCCCAGCAAUAUAUAUGAUUGCUCAGAUAUAUGAACAAGAAGGAAAUCUCAGUCCUGCUGUUGCUGUAUUGCAUAAGCAAGCAUUAGACCAACCAACUUGUAGAAUAUAUCAAAUGCUAGGCGAUUUAAGUGUCAAACAAAAUCAACUAGAAAAAGCGUUUGACUUCUAUUAUUCUGCACUCAAUCUCGACCCUAAUAAUAAACGAGUUAUGGAGAGUUUAGAGAGUUUGGGAAAACCGUGUAAUACUUCAACAGCCACAUCUGCAGAUUCGACUGGACCCGUUUUAAAUGGGUCACUAUUAGAUGCAACAUUUAGUGGUGUUAAUAAUGCUGAAAAUGAAUCAACACCAUUCAAUAAUGCUGUACAUGAAGAAGAUACAUUUAUGGAUUCUGAUCAUGAAGGAUCUGGAUCAGACAUAUCCAUAUAA